AUGGCUCGGGGGUCGGGAGCCGGUGAACCGAGCAUCCCGACGCUGGAACGACGCGAGACAGAGAGCUUGAUUGCAAAGGCACUCGAGGCGUCGGAACAAGCGAGCGAGGAUCGCGAAGUUAUCGUAGGCGCUGGGUGGAUGGCUCAGACGGCACGCCUGGAAGGUAAGUCGCAGGCGGACGUGGAUAAGAUCUACGAGGCUGGGGUGGCCGCGGGGCAAGCGGCGAUUCGUGGAGGGUCGACCGCUAAGUGGGCAAUUGUUGCUGCUGCACGGGCCGCGGGCGCUGCCAUCAUGAGCGGCCAGACUGCCGAGGAGGCUGCUGACGCGGGCAAGCGCAUCGUUGCGCUUGCUCUCACCACCAAGGAGAAGCAAGAGAGGAUGGCGGACUCGGUGGGUGGAGGAAAGCUGAGCUCGCUGCUAUUUGUGACCGUCGACGCUGCAAUAUCGGCCAUCCUUUCCGGCGUGCCCACGCAUGUUGCGAUGCUCGCUGGCACGGCUGCCUCAGUGGCUGCGGUGGCGGCGGCUGAGGCUCACACCAAUUACCCCAUCGCAGGCAGCAAGGUGGCGGGCAAAAUCAUUGCCCAAGGCUACACAGGCAAGCAGGCGGCGGCGGCAAGCAGGGCCGCGGGGGAAGCUGCCUACUCAAUGCGAGAAGAGUUUCCCGAGGGCAGCAAGUACCACAACACUCCGAUGGCGGGGAUCGCAAUGGGGGAGGUGGGCGAAAUUGUGGGCUUCGCCGUCGCCGACGGCAAGCCAGAGGAGGUGAAGCCGUCGCGCCUCGCCAAGCUCAUUCGGGCGGUCACCGGUGCGACGAAGGCUGUUGCCGACACCUACGAGUUCCCUCUGCAAUCGCAAGCACUCGCAGCAGCGGCCGCUGCAGCAGCGGCAAGCGCAGCCGAGGCAGUGUACCAUGCCGGCUACAAGGGAGAGAGCGCCAUUGCCGCUGCGGGUAAGGCAGCUGCCUCGGCGAUCAUCGAUGGGAAGACUGGCGCGGAAGCGGUCGCUGCUGGCAAGGCAGCAGCGGCACACGCCGUUCAACAGAUUCGCGGCAAUGCUUCGGUGUCCGGAACCGAAGUUGCCUUGGCUGCUGCCGCUAUCGUGGCCGCUGCCAUCGCGGUGAAGUUUCUUCGUCGGUAA